UGCUCUGCGCUUCGCUAGUCGCACCGGAACCUUCUAAGCAAUGAGCAUCAAUCUCCAAUUGGUUUGUCAUUUUCGACCCCUGUGAUCUCUCCUGCGAACAGGUCAACGUGCUUUGUACGUGGACGUUUUUGAGGACGGGGGGAUAUACAGAAAAUGAAAGCGCCUUGACAGAGAUAGAAAGAGAGAGAGAGAAAGAAAGAGAGAGCUGGCUUCGUGGAUCUUUAACUACACUGUUCCCGUCCUCUCUCUCUUCCAGUAGCCUAUACUGGACUCGGUGCGUUGGACCGUGUAUUGCCUUCCAUCACCGUUGGCAUUCAGCAAGCAGUGAUCUGGAUACUAAACACGCAGCCUUCAGAAGGUUGUCCGUUAGCCCGUGUUCCUUUAUAGAAUGGAGGAAAACGAUCAUUAAUUAGCAUUUUUCUGUGAAUGGAAUCAGAAUUACCCCGAGACGAUAUAAUUCAAUUCCGAUUUAGAAGCAAAUCGCUUGAUUUUGAUUAAUUUCAAGAGAUUUUUCUUCUUCCACGCAAUAACUGUGGACUGUUUUUUGGGGCAAAAGACGAACGUUAUUCUAAGGACGCUGCUCUUUCAAUGCCUGGAUCUGUACGCGUCUAUUGCUGCAGCUCCUUGUGAGAUGUGGACUCGGUGGUCCGGUUGGUUCUGACCAGUGGGUUCUGCCAGUUCUGGGUGCUGUCGUCCAAGUGACCACAUCAAGUUCGCUUCCAGGCGUAUGGUGUGAUUUCUGAGCUGAGAGGAGCAGCCUCCUCAGAGGUCGUUUGGGUUCAGCAGGAAGUAACAUCAACGCCAUUUCCGGGUCACUCUCUUCUAAGAGCAUGGGGACCACACGCCUGCUCUUCCUCUUCACGCUGUUCACCCCUCUCACCCUCGCUGUGAGUCGAGCUCCUGUCCCAAUGGCAGUGGUCCGUAGAGAGCUGUCCUGCGAGUCCUACUCUAUCGAGUUGCGCUGCCCAGGCACGGACGUCAUCAUGAUUGAGAGCGCCAACUAUGGACGCACUGAUGACAAGAUAUGUGACUCCGACCCGGCGCAAAUGGAGAAUACUAGAUGCUACCUCCCCGAUGCAUAUAAGAUCAUGUCACUCAGGUGUAAUAACCGUACCCAGUGCGUUGUGGUGGCUGGACCGGACGUCUUCCCCGACCCCUGUCCCGGCACGUACAAAUACCUGGAGGUCCAGUACGAGUGUGUGCCCUACAAAGUGGAACAGAAAGUGUUUCUGUGUCCAGGUAUCCUCAGGGGGGUGUACCAGAGUGAACACCUGUUUGAGUCGGACCAUCAGUCAGGCGCGUGGUGUAAGGACCCCCUCCAGGCCUCAGACAAGAUCUAUUACAUGCCCUGGACCCCCUAUCGUACUGACACCUUGAUUGAGUACUCCUCCAAAGAGGACUUCGUCGCAGGACGACCGACCACCACAUAUAAGCUCCCGCACCGCGUUGACGGAACGGGCUUCGUGGUCUACGACGGGGCGCUGUUCUUCAACAAGGAGCGGACGCGCAACAUCGUCAAGUUCGACCUGCGCACGCGCAUCAAGAGCGGCGAGGCCAUCAUCGCCAACGCCAACUACCACGACACCUCGCCCUACCGCUGGGGCGGCAAGUCGGACAUCGACCUGGCGGUGGACGAGAACGGCCUCUGGGUUGUCUACGCCACGGAGACGAACAACGGGCGCAUCGUGGUCUCGCAGCUCAACCCCUACACGCUGCGCAUCGAGGGCUCCUGGGACACCACGUACGACAAGCGCACGGCGUCCAACGCCUUCAUGGUGUGCGGCGUCCUGUACGUGGUGAAGACGGUCUACGAGGACGACGACAACGAGGCCACGGGCAAUAAGAUCGACUACAUGUUCAGCACCACGCAGAACAAGGAGACGUCGGUGGCCAUCCCCUUCCCCAACUCCUACCAGUACGUGGCGGCCGUGGACUACAACCCUCGGGACAACCUCCUCUACGUCUGGAACAACUACCACGUGGUCAAGUACUCCAUGGACUUUGGCAACAACGACAACAGAUUAGACUUCAUCCCUCCAGUCAUCCACGGCCCACCCAAAGCCCCGUCGUCAUCAUCCACCAGUCGGACCACCUCCACGCGGUCUCCUUUGUACUUCACCACGGUCCGACCGCUGCUCACAACGUCUCCUGGUCAGCGCUCCCGGACGACCACAACCGUGCGGAGUGCGGCCGGUGCCGUGCUCGUCCCGGGAGACAGUCAGAAAGCCAAUCAGAUCCCAGACCUCUUGAGCCCCGGUAACGGCCGGUUGGCACCAGCCCCGGAUGUCCCGCCUCCUCCCCCACAGGCUCCCGUCCAGCCCCCCCAGGACCACUGCCCUUCCCGGGUAACGGCUGAGGUGUCCUGGCCUCGCACCUAUCAGGGGCAGACGGCCAAGCAGCCCUGCCCUGUGGGCACCCUGGGCGUGGCCACAUACGUGUGUGUGGACCAGCAGGGCUACUGGGAUCCUCAAGGCCCCGACCUCAGCAACUGCACGUCUCCCUGGGUCAACCACAUCAUGCAGAAAUUGCGUAGCGGAGAGACGGCGGCCAUCGUGGCCAGGGAGCUGGCUGAGCAGACCAAAGCCCCGCUGCGUCCCGGGGACGUUCCCUCCACUGUGAAGGCCAUGGCUCAGCUGGUCGAUCUGCUCGACGUUCAGCUCAGGAACCUGACCCCCGGGGGCAAAGACAGCGCUGCCCGUAGCCUCAACAAGCUGCAGAAGAGGGAGAGGUCCUGCAGGUUUUUUGUACAGGCGAUGGUGGAGACGGUGAACAACCUGCUACAGCCUCGGACCCAGGUGGCGUGGAGGCAGCUGCCUGCCGAGGAGCAGCUUCGCUGGGCCACCAUGCUGUUGGACACCGUGGAAGCCGGGGCAUUCAUGCUGGCCGAUAAUCUACUGAAGACGGACACCAUCCAGGAGACCACCGACAACAUCCAGCUGGAGGUGGCAAGGUUGAGCACAGAAGGGAAUCUUGCUGACCUGACAUUCCCCCAGUCAGAAGUACAUGGGAACUCCAUUCAGCUGUCCGCUAGCACGCUGAAACAGCACGGAAAGAACGGGGAGAUCCGCAUGGCCUUCGUCCUCUACAGGAACCUGGGCUCCUAUCUGUCCACAGAGAAUGCCAGUGUGCGUCUGGGUGGGGAGGCAGCGUACCCCAACUACUCAGUCAUAGUCAACUCCCCGGUCAUCACCGCCUCCAUCAACAAGGAGAACAACAAGGUCUACCUGUCGGAGCCGGUCAUCUUUACGGUCAAACACCUGCAGCAUUCAGAGGAGAACUUCAAUCCCAACUGUUCGUUCUGGAGUUAUUCCAAGCGCUCCAUGACGGGUUUCUGGUCCAGCCAGGAUUGCAGACUGCUGGGUACCAACAGAACUCACACGACCUGCUCCUGCACUCAUCUCACCAGCUUCGCGGUCCUCAUGGCCCACGUCGAGGUCAAGAAGACGGACUCCAUGCAUGACCUGCUCAUGGACGUCAUCACGUGGGUGGGGAUCCUGCUGUCUCUGGUCUGCCUCCUCAUCUGCAUCUUCACCUUCUGCUUCUUCCGAGGGCUGCAGUCGGACCGCAACACCAUCCACAAGAACCUGUGCAUCAGCCUCUUCAUAGCCGAGUCACUGUUUCUGGUGGGGAUUAACAGGGCGGACCAGCCGAUUGUGUGCGCGGUCUUCGCGGCGCUCCUGCACUUCUUCUUCCUGGCGGCGUUCACCUGGAUGUUUCUGGAAGGGGUUCAGCUGUACAUCAUGUUGGUGGAGGUGUUUGAGUCGGAGCACUCCCGGACAAAGUACUUUUACCUGGCAGGAUAUGGUGUGCCGGCGGUUAUUGUGGCCGUGUCUGCCGCGGUGGACUACCGGAGCUACGGGACAGACCGGGUGUGUUGGUUGCGGUUGGACACGUAUUUUAUAUGGAGUUUCAUCGGCCCGGCAACACUUAUAAUAAUGCUGAAUGUCAUCUUCUUGGGCAUCGCCCUUUAUAAGAUGUUCCACCAUACAGCCAUCCUCAAGCCAGACUCAGGAUGUCUGGACAACAUCAAGUCGUGGGUGAUCGGAGCCAUCGCUCUGCUGUGUCUGCUGGGCCUGACCUGGGCGUUCGGCCUUAUGUACAUCAAUGAGAGCACCGUGGUCAUGGCGUACCUCUUUACCAUCUUCAACUCUCUACAGGGCAUGUUCAUAUUCAUCUUCCACUGCAUACUGCAGAAGAAGGUGCGUAAGGAGUAUGGGAAAUGUCUGCGUAGCCACUGUUGCAGUGGUAAGAGUGUGGAGACGUCCAUCUCCUCGUCUGGAAAGAGUCACGCCACGUCCAGAGUCCCUGGCAGAUACUCCACAGGCUCCCAGGUGAGCUUACCUGCCUGUACUCCCGGCCGAUACUCCACAGCCGACUCCCAGAGUCGUAUCCGGAGGAUGUGGAAUGACACGGUGAGGAAACAGGAGUCCUCCUUCAUCACUGGGGACGUCACCAGCUCAGCCACACUAAACCGAGGAGCCAUGGCUAAUCAUCUGUUAACUAAUGCUCUCCUUCGUCCCCAUGGUAACCCUAACCAUCCCUAUGGCACCUUGCUGGGCGAUACCAACUCCCCCCCAGCGGUCUAUAACAACCCCAGCGUGGCAGGGAUGUACAACACACAAGCGUCCUACAGAGAAACAAAGGGAAUCCUGAACAACGCACGGGACUCCAGCGUCAUGGACACACUCCCCCUCAAUGGUAACCAUGCCAAUAAUUACAGCAUGGCGAGCAGCGACUACCUCAACGACGGCGUCCAGAUCUUAGAACGCGGUGGUGUCAGUGGUUACAGUACCUAUGGCAACCACAAGGAGACGACGUUGGAGAAGAAGAUCCUCAAAGAGUUGACUUCCAACUAUAUCCCCUCGUAUCUGAACAACCACGAGCGCGCCGCCACCACCGAACGCAACCACAACCUCAUGAAUAAAAUGGUCAACGUCGGUAAUGGCACCGGAAAUGUUGUUGGAAGCAGCAAUAAUGGAAUUGGAAUCGGUGGUGGAAUUGGCGGGAGUAACCAUGACUACGACAUGAGUAAUCACGACAACAACGUCAAUCAUAUGGUGCUGGAUAACCCGAACAGUGGCUUCCCAUUGGAUGAGAAUUUGGGAUUGCAGAUUAUCAGGGAGGAGUCCAAUGCCCCCCUCUUACCGCCACGCCCCCUUCCCCCGCCGGAUAGCCUCCCUAACUCCCAACCUCAUGCUCCUCCUCCGCCACUCCACAGCUUCUCCCGACCCCGGCGCAUCCCCCAGGAGACCAGCGAGAGCUUCUUCCCCCUCCUGACCAACGAGCACACGGAGGAGACGACGCAGUCGCCCAACCACAGGGACUCCCUCUACACUUCCAUGCCCGUGCUGACGGAUUUACCGGAUGGCCACGGCAGCCACGGGCAGAUUAACGGUUUACCGGACGGCGAGAUCCUCGACAGCGGGGAGAUAGAGCCCGGUAAGGGCAGCACGGGGAGUGUCCCAGGCGCCGAGGCGGACGACGUCUACUACAAGAGCAUGCCGAACCUGGGCUCCCGGAAUCACCUGCACCAGCUGCAUUCAUACUACCAGAUGGGCCGGGGGGGCAGUGACGGCUACAUGGUACCUGGCAACAAGGAGGAGUCCGAUUCAUCGCCCGAGGAUCCCCUGACGCCCAUCGACCCCUCCCACUUAGUCACCAGCCUAUAGGCCAUUCAGAUGACUCCAUCCGCCUGCUCCUUCUUUCUUAGUUCCGCCUCCUGAGAAUAGUGAUCUGUUGACGAUUGAUAGACUGUUGGAAAUGGCCAAUUAAUGGCCUGGUUGAACAGACUCGCUUCCUGAUUAUUCCCCUGUGGUUGAGAACAAUAUGGAUUAUGCUGCAUUAUCAUUGGUCAGAUGGGACAUGAGAGAGGAAUUCAUUGGACAGGACUGAACUCCAGGCAAACCAGAACAAACUAAACUGUGGUUGGAAAACGAUUCCCUUUUUGUGAAUAUCCUUUAGGAACUAUGGACUAUCACUGAAAGAAGGGGAGGCGAACCUCUGAGCAAAAGAUGUUGAACAGACGGUCCUAAGACGUUGAAAGUAUUUUUGAUGAGAUGUCUUAUGCUCACUGGGAAUAUCUGUAAUUUCACCUGACACCCUACCAUAGACCUCCAGCAGAGCCUACCAUAGACCUCCAGCAGAGCCUACCAUAGACCUCCAGCAGAGCCUACCAUAGAC